UGUUUUGUCAGCUGCUUCACAAUGCUGACUUCUCUGUAAAGUUUCUUUAAUUUUUUUGGGAUUUGUUUCAAUUUCUUUUUCAGAGACAUUUAAAAGCUUUUGUGACCCAAGUUAAUUAAUCAAUAAUGCUGAGAUUCUUUAAAUAACAGAGAAGCUCGAUAACACGAAAAAUUAUCUCUGUUGUUUAGCUACACCUUUCCUUUAAAGCCUGCACUCCCUCUCCCCUAAAAGACACGCCCAAUAUCAUGUUACAGCACAUACAACCUGAAAGUCCAUUUCAGAGAAAACAAAACUCAGAACUCUCUCCUCUUACUCUCACGGUGUGUGAAUGCAGGAAAAUGGCAAAGGCUAGUACUUUAAAAUAUGAUGAAGAGUUGACCUGUCCAGCAUGUCUGGAAUUACUGAAGGAUCCAAUGACUACUCCCUGUGACCACAAUUUCUGUAAUAUGUGUAUUAAUCGUUGCUGGUGUGAGGAUAAGCUGGGCAUCUACAGCUGUCCCCAGUGUAGAGAGACUUUCAAUUCAAGGCCUUUUCUACGCAGGAACAACAUGCUGGCUGAAAUGGUGAAGAAACUGAAGAAGACUGAACUCCAAGCUGCUUCUCCUGCUCACUGUUACGCUGGACCUGGAGAUGUGGAGUGUGAUUCCUGCAUUGGGAGAAAACACAAAGCCAUCAAGUCCUGUCUGGUGUGUCUGGCCUCCUUUUGUGAAGAUCAUCUUAAACCUCACUAUCAGUCUCCUGCCUUUAAGAAGCACAAGUUAGUUGAAGCCUGUGCAGAGCUCCAAGAGAAGAUCUGCUCUCAGCAUGACAAACCGAUCGAGAUCUACUGUCGUACUGACCAAAGCUUCAUCUGUUACUUAUGUAUGAUGGAUGAACACAAAACCCAUGAUACUGUUGCAGCUGAAGCUGAAAGAACUGAAAAACAGAAUGAGCUAAAGGAGGAGCAGCUGAAAUCCCAGCAGAAGAUACAGGAGAAGCAGAAGAAGGUGCAGGAGCUGAAAAAGGCUCUGGAUACUAUUAAGAGGCAUUUACAAGCAGCAGUGGAUGACAGUGAGAGGCCCUUUACUGAGAUUAACUUACACUCUGAAGUGAAGGAGCUGAUCAGAGCUCAGGAGAAAGCUGAACUGAGUCGAGCUGAACGACUCCUGAAGCAACUGGAGCAGGAGAUUGCUGCUCUUAAGAGGAGAGUCACUGAGCUGGAGCAGCUUUCACACACACACGAUCACAUCCACUUCCUCCAGGUAACACUCACUGUCUGAUCUACAUAGGGUGCUGUUCCUCAAAGUUUCCUCCUAAAAGCUCAUUACAGCAACAUUUUCCUGUCUGAGAUCACAAGUGUGUCUUUGGUCUGAUUCAGUCUGAGAUUCAUUCGUUCCUCUCCUACACUUUUCUCCUUCUCUAUUAUGUGUCUCCUCUCUGUAGAGUUUCCCGUCUGUCUGUGUUUCUCCUGGAUCUGAGGACUCACCCAGCUUCACUGUCAAUCAACAUCUCUCAUUUGAUGGAGUGA